AUGGACCCAACAAGGCGGUCCCCAUCCCCCUGCUCAUCGCGGACCCCCAGCCCCAGGACCCCACCCUGCGGCGAGAUGCUUGGUUAUGUGGGCAUUGAGGCUGUGCUGGACCAGCUGAAGAUCAAAGCCAUGAAGAUGGGGUUUGAGUUCAACAUCAUGGUGGUGGGGCAGAGCGGGCUGGGCAAGUCCACAAUGGUGAACACUCUGUUCAAGUCCAAGGUGUGGAAGUCGACCCCGCCGGGCUUGGGGGGGCCCACGCCCCAGACGCUGAAGCUGCAGUCGGUGACCCAUGUCAUCGAGGAGAAGGGUGUGAAGCUGAAGCUGACAGUGACCGACACGCCGGGCUUUGGGGACCAGAUCAACAAUGACAAAUGCUGGGACCCCAUCCUGGGCUACAUCAAUGAGCAGUAUGAGCGGUACCUGCAGGAGGAGAUCCUCAUCACCCGCCGGCGCCACAUCCCCGACACCCGGGUGCACUGCUGUGUGUACUUCGUGCCACCUACUGGGCACUGCCUGCGGCCCCUAGACAUUGAGUUCCUGCAGCGGCUGUGCCAAGCAGUAAACGUGGUGCCCGUGAUCGCCCGGGCAGACAGCCUGACCUUAGAGGAGCGAGAGACCUUCAGGCGCAGGAUCCAGCACAACCUGAGGACCCACUGCAUCGACGUGUACCCACAGAAGUGCUUUGAUGAGGAUGUCAAUGACAAGAUCCUUAACAGCAAGAUUCGGGACCGGAUCCCCUUUGCUGUGGUUGGGGCUGACCGAGAGCACUUGGUGAAUGGGAGGUGUGUCUUGGGCCGGAAGACGAAGUGGGGCAUCAUUGAAGUGGAGAACAUGGCGCACUGUGAGUUUCCGCUCCUGAGAGACCUGCUGAUCCGCUCCCACCUGCAAGACCUGAAGGACAUCACUCACAACGUGCACUAUGAGAACUACCGUGUCUUCAGACUCAACCAGAGCCAUGUGCUGCCCCGGGGGCCAGGCUGGGUGAACCUGGCCCCGGUGCCGGCCAGCUCCCCGGUCAUCCCCAGGUCCUCGAAGGUCCCCGGUAGGGUCCAGGAAGACUCUGAGGAGAAAUUCUGAGCCCUGGUGGAUUCUGGCCCUGCUGAGCUCCCCGAAUCCAGCAGCGUACCCGUGUAUACCUGUGUACUAGAGCAUCUAUUAA